AUGGAUAUCCGCCGUUAUUCCUUAGAUUCGUCGUCAACAAGCCCAAGCAAUCAUCCGCUGGAGUCUCCAGAACCCAAGCGACGCCGCCUAGCCCCUCCCUUCCAACUUGACGGACAGUCAAGUGAGGCGGCAUCCAUCGAUCUGACCGAGACUGAUGAGGUGUCGGAGAUUUCGAAAACACAGGCCAAGCAGCGCGCAGAUGCUAUUCUUGCACAACAGUCGCUUGAAAAUGGUGCUGAAUCAAUCUUUGCUGCUUAUAAGUGCCCCGUGUGUAUGGACACUCCCGUGGAUGCUACCAGUACUGUGUGUGGACAUCUCUUUUGUCACAAAUGCAUUACCGAUACACUAAAGUUCAGCGAAGAACGGUCCGACUCUACCAGUAAAUCCCCCAAAGGCACUUGCCCAGUAUGCCGAAAGCCUUUGUCACGGAACGACGUCGCAGGACCGAAACGACACUUGAUACCUUUGCAGAUCAAGCUGUUGCGGCGUAAGAGGAAUGCAGGGGAUACUUCAGCCGCGUGA